GGCCCUCGCCCCAGCCCGCGCUCCUUUGUGCGGCAGGUGGGCUCUGCGUCAAGGCGAGGGCGCACGGCCCCUGUGCGCGCAGCCCGGGCGCGGCGCGGAGCGAGGCUCGGAGCGCGCUCGGAGCCCAGACCUGCGGAGCGCGCGGAGGCGGCCUCGGUCCCUCGGAACCAUGGUGAAGUUGGGGAACAAUUUCGCGGAGAAGGGCAGCAAGCAGCCGCUGCUGGAGGAUGGCUUCGACACCAUUCCCCUGAUGACACCCCUCGAUGUCAAUCAGCUGCAGUUCCCGCCCCCGGAUAAGGUGGUCGUGAAGACGAAGACUGAAUAUGAACCCGAGCGCAAGAAAGGCAAAGGCCGUCCCCCCAAGAUAGCCGAGUUCACCGUCAGCAUCACGGAGGGCGUCACCGAGAGGUUCAAGGUCUCAGUGCUGGUCCUCUUUGCCCUGGCCUUCCUCACCUGCAUCGUCUUCCUGGUCGUCUAUAAGGUGUACAAGUACGAUCGCGCCUGCCCGGAUGGGUUCGUCUUCAAGAACACUCAGUGCCUCCCAGAAGGCUUGGAGAGCUACUACUCGGAGCAAGACCCCACCGCCCGGGAGAAAUUUUACACAGUCAUAAACCACUACAACCUGGCCAAGCAGACCAUCACCCGCUCGGUAUCGCCCUGGAUGUCCGUUCUGUCCGAAGAGAAGCUGUCGGAGCAGGAGACGGAAGCAGCUGAGAAGUCAGCUUAGCGAGAUGGGCAGGUUCCUUAGAGAGUGUCACUUGAAGGUAACAAAGGGACAUUUCAUUAAAUGUAAUUACUGGUAAUUUAGAGGUUACUCAUUUACGGUGCAAUUGCUUCUGUUUGCUAAUGCUGCUUUGCAAAUAAAACUUGCUGCCGACCACCCAUGGGCAUAAAACCAAGUACAUAUCAGCAUUGCUUAAAGAGCUCCGACACCAUCAUCAUGUUAAGGGUUCUUAAUUUAGCUCCUUCCCGGGGCUUAUUGGAUGCUGUCAAAAAAUAAAUGUACACUGGAUAUGUCAGGA